AUGACCAAUAUAGGUCACGUUAAAAUUCAAAAUACUUCAUCGAUUCACGUUUGCGUUGGCAAAGAGUGGUAUCGUUUCCCGUCGUCGUUCUUUCUGCCGAACGGAGUGGUGGAUCGACGGGGCCGGAAGUGGAAAACCGAACUGAAUUUCGUGAAGAGUGAAUUCGCGGGUUUGCUGCCGAAACCGUUCAACGAAGCGUUCGUAUUGCCGAACGUGACGCGAAUCGUACCCACCGAAAUGAACGAUCUGAACAAAGAGGAGCCAUCGAGGUGGGUUGUGGUUGAUUGA